AUGGCGUCCCAAAAGUCCAGAAUCAUCUCCUCCAUCAUCAUCAUCCUCUUUUUCUCCUCCCUCCUCCGCCCCCUCUUCAAAUCCAAUUCCCCCAACCCUCCUAGCCACCACCAUAACUCCCCCAAAACCAAACCCCCCGUCAUCGGAAAACCACCCAUCACGGUCCCUCCGAUCAUCGGAAAACCACCCAUCGACGUCCCUCCUGUUAACCGCCCUCAUAUCAUUGGAAAACCACCGUUCACGGUCCCUCCGAUCAUCGAAAAACCACCCAUCGCCGUCCCUCCGGUGAAUCCACCAAUCAGGGUCCCUCCAAACUCCGGAAAACCACCCAUCGCCGUCCCUCCGGUGAUCGGAAAUCCACCCAUCACGGUGCCUCCUGUGAUCGCAUACCCACCAGUAACAGGUCCCCUGGUGAUCCAACCACCUCCCGUAGGCGGAAGCACACCCAGCCCGCCGCCGGCGCUUGCACCAGCGAACCGGCCUCCGGCGAGCUGCCCGGCGGACAGCCUCAAGAUGUGGGCGUGCGUGGAUCUGCUCGGCGGCCUGGUCCAUAUUGGCCUCGGUGACCCGGUGGCCAACCAGUGCUGCCCGCUGCUGCGGGAGCUGGUGGAGCUGGAGGCCGCCGUCUGUCUCUGCGCCACCAUCAAGCUCAAGCACCUCGACAUCAACAUCUACUUCCCCCUCGCCCUCCAGCUCCUCCUCACCUGCGGCAAGGCCCCGCCGCCCGGCUACACCUGCAUCCUCUGGCCCACGCCACCCCCUCCCUCAACGUCGACGACGUUGCACGAUCACAAACACCAAACGACCCAUCCAACUGCCUGGAAUUAGAGUACAGUAUAGUUCUUAAUUAUCUGCUUCGAGUUUAAUUAAUUAUCGUGAAGGAGUACUACUGCCUGAAUUGUUUCUCCUAUUGUAUUGUAUUGUAUUGUAUUGUUGGCUUGAGUAGUGUGAGAGUGAUUGUGAGUU